AUGGACGCCGACCCUACACCAAACCCUUCCAACGACAAGCAACACAAAGUCCGCAUCUACGUCGUCCAGCGAUGCCCCCGUCUCUUAGACCUCGAACACGGCGUCCAAACAGCGAUUGAAGAGAUUGCGGCAGCAGCAAAGGCUGGAGCAAACCUCAUUACCUUCCCCGAAACAUGGCUGACGGGAUAUCCUGCGUGGGUAUUCGGCAUGGCGAGGUGGAACGACCCUGAAGCGCGAAGUUGGUACAAAAGACUCGUUGAAGCUAGCCCAACUGCGUCAAGUCCCCAUAUCACACGAAUCAGAGAUGCCGCGAGGGAAAACAAUAUCGAAGUCGUCCUUGGAUUCAAUGAACGAGCUCGAGAGACUGGUGGGACUAUUUACAAUAGUGUCGCCAUAAUUGGGCGAGAUGGUUCUCUUCGUGGUAUUCAUCGCAAGCUCACCCCGACGCACGCUGAGAGACUUGUCUGGGCAAAUGGCGAUGCGCAAGGUCUCAAAGCCUAUGAUACUAGCUUUGGAAGGAUCGGUGCAGCGGUUUGCUGGGAACACUUCCAUCCUCUCAUCAGACACGCUCUGCAUACAGAAGAUGAACAGAUCCAUAUCGCGCUGUGGCCUGACAUGCCCUCGGCACAUCAAAUUGCUUCUCGACAAUAUGCCUUUGAAGGAAGAUGCUUUGUUGUCGCCGCAGCUUCGUACCUCGACAAAGAAUCUGUGCCGCCAGAGUUGUUGGAGGCAUACGUCAAGGGAGCUGGCUCAGCAGAUCUCUUCACGGGCGGCUCGGGUGUGAUUGGGCCGGAUGGGGAGUACAUUUCUGGUCCUGUGUAUGGUCCCGAGCCGUUGAUUGUGGACAUAAAUAUCGGGCUGACUAUUGCUUAUAAGCAUGAUCUUGAUGUAGCAGGCCAUUAUGGCAGACCAGAUAUCUUUAAGCUGUCGAUUAAUAGGGAGGGCGAUAGAAGAUGA